UUCCAACACAAUGCAUUCUGGGAAAGAAAGUUCAUUCACCACCACUUUCCUGGUCAGUGAUUUUUUUUCGCUGUGAUUCUAUUUAAAAAAGAAAAAAGGCAUCUUUAGUUUUCAUAUAAAGAGCAUAAGAUGCAGUCUGAGGAUGCACGCUAUCUGAAACGGAAAGUGAAGGGUGGUAGCCUGGACGUGCACCCUACAGAAAAAGCCCUGGUUGUUCAGUAUGAGGUGGAGGCCACCAUCCUUGGAGAGACCGGAGACGAGAUGCUGGGAGACCGCAAGAAGUGUCAGAAGAUUAUCCGUCUGAAGAGCCUGAAUACGAACACAGACAUUGCAGCGCUGGCCCGUAAGGUGGUGGAGGAGUGUAAACUCAUCCAUCCCUCCAAGCUGUCUGAGGUGGAGCAGCUGCUCUUCUAUCUACAGAACCGCAAGAAGGCCAGCGGGAAGGCAGAGAAGAGAGUGGUGAAACCGAGAGACCUAACUCCAUUUGAAGGAAUGGAGAUAGAUGAGGAGGCUAACAUCAACAAGGUGGAAGAGUAUGUAGAGCUGCUGUAUGAAGGUAUGGAGGAGAAGGUGAAAGGGGCUACACUCAUCCUACACCUGGCCAGGAACCCGGACAACCUGGAGGAACUACUACAGAAUGAAACGGCUCUAGGAGCCCUGGCCAGAGUUUUGCGGGAGGACUGGAAGCAGAGUGUUGAGCUUGCCACCACCAUCAUCUAUGUUUUCUUCUGUUUCUCCAGUUUCUCCCAGUUCCAUGGGCUGGUGACCCACUAUAAAAUCGGAGCUCUGUGUAUGAAUGUCAUCGAACACGAACUGAAGAGAUACGACCUCUGGCAGGACGAACUGCAGAAGAAGACCAAGACAUGUGAAGACGACCCUGACAACCAGGCCUUGAGGAAGGAACAUGAGAAGGCCUUUAAGAAGUACCAGGGACUACUGGUAAAACAGGAGCAGCUGCUGAGAGUUGCUCUGUACCUGUUGUUGAACCUGGCUGAGGACACCAGGACAGAGCUGAAGAUGAGAAACAAGAACAUUGUCCACAUGCUGGUGAAGACCCUGGACCGGGAGAACGAGGAGCUACUGGUGCUGGUGGUGUCCUUCCUCAAGAAACUCAGCAUAUUCCUGGAGAACAAGAACGAUAUGGCGGAGGUGGACACCGUAGAGCGUUUGUCUCGUUUGGUCCCGUGUGAACAUGAAGACCUGCUGAACAUCACACUGCGUUUGCUCCUCAACCUCUCCUUUGACACCGGGCUGCGUAGCAAGAUGGUGCAGGUUGGCUUGCUGCCCAAACUCACCUCCCUGCUGGGCGACGAGAACCACAAGCAGAUGGCCAUGUGUAUCCUGUACCACAUCAGUGUUGAUGACAGGUUCAAGUCCAUGUUCGCCUACACAGACUGCAUCCCACAGUUGAUGAAGAUGUUGUUUGAGCACGGUGAGGAGAGGAUCGAUGCUGAGCUCAUCUCCUUCUGUAUCAACCUGGCAGCUAACAAGAAGAACGCUCAGCUCAUCUGUGAAGGUAAUGGUCUGAAGAUGUUGAUGAAGAGAGCUUUGAAGCUGAAGGAUCCUUUACUUAUGAAGAUGAUACGGAACAUCUCUCAACACGACGGACCACCCAAACACCUCUUCAUUGACUAUGUAGGAGACCUGGCAGCACAGAUCAGUCCAGAUGAAAACGAAGAGUAUGUGAUCGAGUGUCUGGGGACCCUGGCGAACCUCACGAUCGCCGAUCUGGACUGGGAACUGGUGCUAAAGGAGUACAACCUCGUACCUUACUUUAAAGACAGGCUCAAACCAGGCUCUGCAGAGGAUGAUCUGAUACUAGAGGUGGUGAUCAUGAUUGGGACGGUGUCCAUGGACGACAGCUGUGCCGCCAUGUUGGCCAAGUCUGGCAUCAUCCCUGCUAUUAUAGAACUACUGAAUGCCCAACAAGAGGACGAUGAGUUCGUGUGCCAGAUCGUCUACGUGUUCUACCAGAUGGUGUUCCACCAGGCUACCAGGGAGGUCAUCAUUAAAGAGACACAGGCUCCGGCGUACCUUAUCGACCUGAUGCACGACAAGAAUGCUGAGAUACGCAAGGUCUGUGACAACACUCUGGACAUAAUCGCUGAGUACGAUGAGGAGUGGGGGAGGAAGACUCAGAGAGAGAAGUUCCGAUGGCAUAACUCUCAGUGGUUGGAGAUGGUGGAGAGUAGGCAGAUGGAGGAAGGAGAGCCCUUUAUGUACGGAGAGGAUGGAGAGAUGGACAGACCUGACCUCUUCUACAGCACCGAUGGGAUCACCCCUGCGUCAGGAGCGGUCAGUCCAGACUUCUUCAGUGAUCCCUACGCACAGAAUGGAGACGGACAACACGGUGGAGGUGCCGAUGGGUUUGACCUGACUACGGGGACAUCGAGUCGACCAGCCACCGGCUUCGGCUUCAGACCAGACGAACAGUUCUUCUACGACUACACUUCUACCAGAUAAACCUUCACCAUCCACAUAGUCUGGCCGACCCCCAUCAACACUUCACACUGGCCGACCCCCAGCAACACUUCUCACUGGCCGACCCCCAUCAACACUUCACACUGACCGAUCCCCAUCAACACUUCACACUGACCGACCCCCAUCAACACUUCACACUGACCAGCCCCCAUCAACACUUCACACUGGCCGACCCCCAUCAACUCUUCACACUGGCCGACCCCCAUCAACACAUCACACUGACCGACCCCCAUCAACCCUUCACACUGACCGACCCCCAUCAACACUUCACACUGACCAGCCCGCAUCAACACUUCACACUGACCGACCUCAACACUUCACACUGACCGACCCCCAUUAACACUUCACACUGACCGACCCCCAUCAACACUUCACACUGACCGACCCCCAUCAACACUAUGAACACUGACCAAUCCCCAUCAACACUUCACACUGACCAAUCCCCAUCAACACUUCACACUGACCAACCCUCAUCAACACUUCACACUGACCGACCCCCAUCAACACUAUGAACACUGACCAAUCCCCAUUCACUAUGAACACUGACCAAUCCCCAUCAACACUAUGAACACUGACCAAUCCCCAUCAACACUAUGAACACUGACCAAUCCCCAAUCCCCAUUAACACUAUGAACACUGACCAAUCCCCAUUAACACAAUGAACACUGACCAAUCCCCAUUCACUAUGAACACUGAUCAAUCCCCGUCAACACUAUGAACACUAGGCGUGCCUCCCAAAUGGCACCCUAUUGGAAUCUGGUGAAAGUAGUAGAGCACUAUUUCUGAAAUAGGGUACCACUUGAGAUGCACCCUAGAUACAGGGAAGGGUCAUUUACAUUUUUACAUUUUAGUCAUUUAGCAGACGCUCUUAUCCAGAGCGACUUACAGUAGUGAAUGCAUACAUUUCAUUUCAUGCAUUUUUUUAUUUAUUUUUAUUAUUUGUACUGGCCCCCCCGUGGGAAUCGAACCCACAACCCUGGCGUUGCACACACCAUGCUGGCGUUGCAAACACCAUGCUCUACCAACUGAGCCACAGGGAAGACUUUUUCAGAGAUCAGUGUGUUAGUGACUAUAAUCCCCUGGGUUUACUUGUCUUCUGUGUGCUAAUGUAAGCUGACAGCCAUCUUGUUUUUUUAUUUUAUAUAUACACUCGAUUUACUGGAUUUGAAAUGAUUCAAAUGUAUUAUUGGAAUGUUUUUAUUAUUCGGGCGAUGCUAAGGUAGGUAGGUGCAAAUAUCAUGCUAGAUGUUGACUUUUAUUUGAACAUGAAGUAGCAAAGAGCUUAUAUUAUGUUUUGUAGACAUUUACAUGUUUAUAUUAUAACACAAAUCACACACACACACACACACACACACACACACUUCUGCAUGAAUAUUACUUAAAACUAAGGACCACUGAAUCAUUAAUAAAAAGAUUGUCAUUAAAAUAGAAUUGCAGUACAGGCUACUAAGGUGCUAACACUGCUACACAUGUA